AUGAAUCUCAAGCUUCUUUUCAUUGCUGUAACCUUCGUGUCGCUUGCAGGACUAGUUCAAGGUCUCAAGGUGUUUGUCGCGUACAAGAGAAUCAUCACUGCAAUGCAAGCUAUGCAAGUUUGUCAGCGGCAGGGCGGACACCUAGCAUCGAUCGAGUCCGCUGCCGAGCAUGAACAGGUAAUAGCCGCCAUCACUGCACCUGGAUACCCGAUCGAUGGUAAAUUCUGGCUGAUCGGAGGAACCGACCGUGGCAUCGAGGGUGAAUGGAUAUGGAUGGGCGUGGACAAGGAGAUGAAGUACAAAAAUUUUCGCAGUGGCGAACCGAACAACUUUCAAAACCAGGAUUGUCUGAUGAUUACCGGUGCUGGAGAGUUCAAGCAAUGGGAUGAUGUUGGGUGUGACAUUAAUUGCCAUGGUUUCGUGUGCGCGUAUGAAGUUUCGUAG